AUGAAUCAUCUGCCAGAUGAGCACGAAGCUGACGACGACGGCGACACACCGCGCAAAGGAUGGAAACGACUCACAACAAAGGAGGAGGUGACCCUCUUCGAGAUCUGUAAUCGCCAUGCUGGCAGCUUCGGCCGACGUAGCGAUCUGUGCAAUUGGUGGAAGGUUAUAGCAGCGGAAUUCUCAGACUCCAACGGCCGUCCAUACUCAUGGCAUUCAGUGCGCCGAAAAGUCGAAACGCUGACCAAGAAGCGUAUCAAGUAUCUCGAGGAUCAGCAGCAACGUCAGCGGGACAUGUCUGGCUCGACUCCGGUGAACGACUUGAUGAACCCACAGUGGUGUGCGGCUCUGGAUGCUUGGCUUCCUACGUGGCACAACUGGGAGCAAGCCGAGGCACGACGGAUCGCGCGGAGGGAUAUGAUGACGCGGAAACGCUUGCGCAAUAAAGCAGAUCGCGAAUCACUGGCAUUCUUUAGCCCGACAGGCGCUGUUUCGGGCAGAAUCAACCUGGCAUCCCCCCCCAGUCCAAACGAUACAGGCGUGGAGGAAACUGACCCCUACAAGGGACCGAUUGUUCUGGUGACUAGGAGUCCCGAACAACCUGCAACGUGUGCGAUGCAACCCGAGGGUUCCUCAGCUGAGACACCUCUCAACCGCGGGACAAAUGGGGGUGUUCGGCUGCCUCCAGGAUUUGACAGGAUGUUUACGCAUAAUACCCCUCGCCCCCAACGUCAACCCCAAUGGCCCCCGGCAUAUCCGGCCGCACCCCGACCAGAGCCAGAGUCAGCUGAUGGACGCGUCGUCGGUGCCGUACUCGAAACUCUCGGCAAAUUAAACAAGCAUCUGGAAUCAGUAUCCGGCAGUGGCGCACAGGCAGAUGCUCGUUCCUCGCCGGUUGUUUCUGCGCUGGCGCAACCGCGCCUCGACCCAAGCGCACAGGUCCAAGGCACACCACAAAGGCGGCAACAGCCUGCGUCGGAAAACAUUUCGCCACUGGAUAUUGAGCGUGUGAAGGAGCAGCUACGACAGGAGCUGAAAGAAGAGUUCCGCCAGGAGAUGCACGAGGAAUUGCGUCGCGAUCGUGCCGCAUUAGAGUCGAAGAUUGACGCUGUUCAACGAACGCAGGAGAUGAUUUUGGAAAUGCUCCGACAGGAGCCUGCUUGA